AUGGCGGCCGCGCUGCAGCAGACGUGGGGCCUGUGGCGGGGCCCGGGGAACCCCUUCUACGGCAAGUACCGCCGCAAGAUCCAGGAGCUGCGCAGAUCCAGCCCAGAGGUGUUUGAAUCCCGCCUGGAGAAAAGAAAUGAAGUGAAAAAGCAGCCCUUGGGGUAUUCCAAACAAGCGGAAUUUGUCAGGUGUAUGGAGGAAAAGGCAGACACCUUGGGUACAAAGACAUCGAAGGGACAAUUCACAAAAGAUAAGACACUCGAUUCGAUUCUUCAUGUUGAGAUGGUGAAAGAAAAAUCAGCAGAGGAAAUAAAACAGAUUUGGAAUGAGUAUUUUUCUGCAAAAGACACGGUUUAUGCUGUUAUUCCUGCAGAGAAAUUUGAUUUGUUAUGGAAGCGAGCCCAGAAAUGUCCCUCUUUUCUGUAUGCUUUGCCAAGAAAGGAGGGCUAUGAAUUCUUUGUGGGGCAGUGGUCAGGAACAGAAUUGCACUUCACCUCGCUUAUAAACUUUCAGACCCAAGGUGAAAAUGCUCCUAGCCACUUGGUCUUGUACCAUUAUCCUGAGCUGCAGAAGGAAAAAGGAAUAGUACUAAUGACAGCAGAAAUGGACUCCAAGUUCUUGGUCGUCCAUGAAGCGCAGUGCUUGGCGAAUCAGGUGCAGCUUUUCUAUGCAACAGAUCGUUCGGAGGCCUAUGAAUUAGUGGAGAUCUUCAACCACAGACCUAGUGAAUUUAAAUACAUGUCCGUGAUAGCAGAGCUCGAGCAGAGUGGACUUGGAAGAGGAUUGAGACCUACCCAGGAUUGUGACAAGUCAUAAAACCUGCUCUGUGAGUGAAGGAAGCCAGAGGAAGUUGGAGGGCUUCCUGGCUGGGGCAGUUCCCAUCUCUUUUGUUCUACAAAGUUGGUCUGACAGCAGAAAGGAUCAGGAGACAUCCCAGGAGUGUGGCAGUCAGGCUGGUCUGGCACUGAUGCCAGAUGACAACUUUUGUCAUUCAGGCAGCAUAACGAAUUGCCAAAAUGGAACGUUGUACUUCCGUGUAAAUUCAUCAGGAUGAGCUGUUUUCCCUUCCCAUAACUGCUGCAUGCUUUAUUUUGAAAUCUGGAAUAAAAAGACGAAAGGGGAAACUAUUUAAAGGAGCGUACUAUUUAAAGGAGUGUAUUGACAUCGGGAGAGAGAUAACAAUCAAUAUUUCUUCCCAGUAAAUGCAUUUUAAAUGCCUUCCACCAUUGUAAUUGCAUGCUCCAGUGCUUUUUAAUUUGUGUGGAAUUCAUGCAAACCCUUGUCCAUCACGGAAAGAGAGCAGGAGUGGUGAUCUAAAACAGACUCCUCUUUGUUGCUUUGUCUUGGGUUUUUCUCAGGACUAAAGAACUCAGUGAUUUAGAUUUGCUCUAGGAAUGUUAUACUUCUUAAUUGGUAUAUUAAUAUUAUCCAGUUGCUACAUCUCUUAGAGG